UGGCGGAAGUAACAUAAGUUUAAUAAGAGGCCAAGGAAUAUUGCAUUUGCAAUACUAUAUUUCCUCGACGAAACAAGUAAAAGCAGUGUUCUAACUAUUUCCUAUUCAUUUGCUCACAACGUGAAGUUUUAAAAGAUGAUUUUUUUGUCUUGAGCAUUUGUUACCGCUUAUAUGCAAGUAUUAGUUCAGCUUGUAUGAACAAGGCCUACCGGAAAAAGUGUCAAAACUUGCCAUCUCUUUUCCGCCGCUCACGUUUUGGACAAUUGUUUCAAACGUACGAGUUCGUGUGUUUUGGGGCCGUGAAAGUUUGGCGAAACUUUGCAAAAGCUGAAAAAUUUUGAUAAAGAAAUGGCCAUGUCACCUAGUGGCUCCGAACAGACAAACGAGGAAGAAAAUGCUGUUUUCGAAAACGAUUCAAAUGAGCCGGGGAUUGCUGACGGCAACUGCGUUAGAAAGCGUUCAGAUUCCAAAAUUAAGAAGUUAAGACGAAGGCUUUCGCAAGGAUUACGUCUAUCAUUGCCGUUAGCUUUGGGAAAAGAACAGUCUUAUGAGGAUGGACAUAUUGAUUCAGUCCUUCAGAGUGUUGAGCAUCCAUUGCCCAACUCUGCUGGAAAGAAGGUUGUUGUCCGACGUGUGCACUCGGACAUUACCACCCUCCAGACCCCUCAACCAGAUGUCUUGCCUGUGAGAACAAGAGAAAGACUGAGACGGACAUAUUCUGAUAAUCCUAAUCCUAAUGAAGAGCGACCACGCUCAAGAUCAGUAUCUUUCACUGCGCCUCCCGAGUCUCCAUUUGGCAAGAUGAAUUAUUAUCAUAAAUUAGAGCUCCUGGGCGAAGGAUCUUAUGCAAGUGUAUUCAAGGGAAUUAGCAAUAUAACUAAACAGACAGUAGCUUUAAAAGAAAUUCGUCUUCAACCGGAAGAGGGCGCUCCAUUCACAGCCAUCAGAGAAGCGUCCUUACUGCAGGAAUUGAAACAUGCAAACAUUGUCAAGCUUCACGAUAUUGUACAUACAAAAGACACCCUCAUGUUCGUUUUUGAGUAUCUUCACACUGAUCUUAGUCAUUACUUAGAAAAGUACCCAAGUGGACUUCAUCCUCAUAAUGCUAAGUUAUUUUUGCUACAACUUCUACGCGGCUUGAAUUAUUGCCACGAUAAGAGAAUCCUUCACAGGGAUAUAAAACCACAAAAUCUUCUUCUCAACGAGAAUGGCGAACUGAAACUGGCUGAUUUUGGUUUGGCAAGAGAGAAAUCUGUACCAAGUCAUACGUAUUCAAAUGAGGUCGUAACGUUAUGGUAUCGACCCCCUGAUGUUUUGCUGGGAUCAACGGAAUACUCGACAUCACUUGAUAUGUGGGGUGUUGGCUGCAUAUUUGGUGAAAUGCUGAGUGGACGAGCCUUGUUUCAGGGGCAAAAGGGACCCAGCGAUCAAUUAAAUAAAAUAUGGCAAUUGUUGGGUACACCCACCAAAGACACGUGGCCCGAAGUUGUAAAUUACCCUGAAUAUUCAAAAGAAAAUAUAACAGCGUUUUAUCCAAGACGAAUAUCCUCAGUGAUACCCGUCUUUCAAUAUGACACGAUAGGAGAAGAUUUAUUAAAACGAUUUCUACGGUAUGAGCCCAGGAGACGGAUAUCAGCGGAAGACAGCUUAAAACAUCCGUACUUUCAAGAUCUGCCGAGAUCUCUGUUCAGUCUUCCUGGAAAUCUUUCGGUGUUUUCACUUCCUGGGAUUGAUUUGAUCCAUCAUUGAUAGUGAAGGUGCUUGCCAGUUGAGCUCUCAGAUAUCUCUACUUGGCUGUGGUUUUAAGGAGCUGUGGUUUAAGGGCUGAAUAUUCCGGGAGUAAUACACGUUAGCUUCACUAGAUCUCCAUCCUUCUCCAAACGUGAUUUUUUUUACAAAUCAACCGUUCGAAGUUGGCCAAAACGAGUACUGAUUGAAGUAAUUUGUUGUUAAAAAGUGAUUCACACUAUGGGACCUGCCCUUGGCUUUGUAAAUUUGUUCACUUCAGAAUGAUCAUUUUAUAAUUUAUAUUGCCAUAAGCGCAUGCGUUUUGCAUUCAGCGCGGGAGUACUUGACACAGGAGAAAUUAUUAAAAAGCACUCGAACAUUUAGGCAUAUUUAAAUUUGGAUUAAUAUAGAGAAUAUUAAAUAGAUAUUUAUUUAA